CGUUGGAGUCAAAUUUCUCCCGGGUAGUAGUGAUUUUAUGCGACAAGCGGCACAUAUUCGUGUCACAAACAAUCAGCUUUACGAGGAUGUUCCGGGCCAAUGGAUUCCUGCACAAUGUGGACCUCUUGAUCGGCGUCUGGGAACGUUGUCAAAAACUGGUCUGUGCAAGACUUGUGAAUGUAAUUUAAAUGAUUGUUCUGGUCAUUUUGGCUAUAUCGAUCUCGAGUUUCCAGUUUUCCAUGUAGGAUUUUUCAAGCUAACUAUUCAAGUACUACAUCCACAUUUGGAUUAUUUACGUCGGAAGGAUCUUCAUAAAACUAUAAUUGCUUGCUGCAAAAAGAAAACCUUAUGCCCGACUUGUGGUCAUCGCAAUGGCAUGGUAAAGAAGGCUGUGGGUGCUCUGCUAAAAAUCGUCUAUGCCAGCAGUAUCAGUGAAGAUGCGACACGAUAUUAUUCAACUGCUCUGAAUGCGAACUCCGAACUCGCAUCUGCUUUGCUGAAAUCCAAAUUUUUCCUUUUAAAUCCUCUUCGUGUUCAGAAAUUAUUCAACAGUGUUUCACAAGAUGAUAUCCCAAUUUUAAUGGUGCGAUCUGGUGAACUCAAACACCCAAACGAUCUGCUCUUGACUCGUAUCCCAGUCCCACCAGUAUGCCUACGUCCUUCCGUUAUUUCAGAAACAAAGGCUGGAACAACUGAAGAUGACAUUACUAUAAAGCUAUCCGAAAUCAUCCUGAUUAACGAAGUGUUACAAAAGCAUAAGAAGGAGGGAGCUUCAGUGAAAAAUGUGGUAGAAACUUGGGAUCAUCUUCAGAUACAAGUUGCAUUGUAUUUCAAUAGUGAGCUAUCUGGGUUGCCUCCAGAGUUGCAACCUACAAAGCCUAUUCGAAGUUUCACUCAAAGGCUGAAAGGCAAACAAGGUCGAUUUCGUGGAAACUUGUCUGGAAAACGAGUGGAUUUUUCUGGGAGAACGGUAAUUUCACCUGAUCCAAAUCUGCGAAUUGAUGAGGUUGGAGUGCCAAUCGAUAUUGCUAUCAACUUGACAUUUCCUGAGAUGGUCAAUGACCACAACAUUGAUCGCUUGCAGAAACUUAUAAUGGCCGGUUCCAAUUCUCAUCCUGGUGCCAAUUACGUAGUGGAUCGAGUCAAUGGAAAUAGACGCUCGCUCAAAUACGCCAACCUGGAAAUGUGUGUGAGAAAAUUGAAGCGUGGCGACGUAGUUGAGCGACAUCUGGAUGAUGGUGAUAUUGUAUUGUUUAACCGACAACCAUCACUUCAUAAAGUGUCAAUAAUGAGUCAUCGUGCUAAGAUCAUGCCUGGAAAGACGUUUAGGCUUAACGAGUGUGUAUGCACACCAUACAAUGCGGAUUUCGAUGGGGACGAGAUGAAUCUGCAUGUGCCACAGACUUAUGAAGCAAGAGCCGAAGCAAGUAUUCUCAUGGGGGUGAAAAGCAAUUUGAUCACUCCAAGGUCUGGUGAACCUCUGAUUGCCGCUAUUCAGGAUUUUAUCACUGGUGCAUACUUGUUGACACACAAGGAUACUUUUCUAACUAUUAGUGAGGUCUCUCGACUAGCAGCAUCCGUUAUCGACUGCUGUGCCGUGAAUCAGACGCCUAACCGAGAAUUCUGUUCCAAGGUGACUUGCUCCAUCCCUCUUUUGACUGCUUGUUAUCUCAUCUUUUUUAAGGAUUCUUUUGUUAUUUUCCGAAAUGGGCACCUUAUCUCUGGUGUACUGGACAAGUCAUUAUUGGGUUCUGGUUCGAAGACUAAUAUCUUCCAUAUUUUGCUCCGGGAUUUCGGUGAAAAUGCUGCUGUGGAUGCAAUGUGGAGGCUUGCGCGAGUAUCAACGGUGUUUCUUUCAAAUCGUGGAUUCUCUAUUGGAAUCGGCGACGUGCAACCCAGUGAUCGAUUGCUCAAAGAGAAGCUGGAUCUUUUGAAGGAAGGAUAUAAGAAUUGCCAUGAAUAUAUUAACCAGCUGAAAUCUGGUCAACUCAAGGCUCAACCUGGUUGCACCGACGAGGAAACACUCGAAGCGUUGAUUCUGCGCGAGUUAUCCUCUAUUCGAGAUAGAGCCGGUAAAACUUGCGUGCGAAAUUUGUCGAGUUCCGUUCAUGUGUGUGAGGAAUGUUACCUCCUCUUUUUCCGACAUAAUGCCGCGUUGACUAUGGCCGUUUGUGGAUCAAAAGGAUCGUUUAUUAAUAUUUCGCAAAUGGUCGCAUGCGUUGGUCAACAAGCUAUUUCCGGUCAUCGUCCUCCGGAUGGAUUUGAUAAACGCUCCCUUCCUCACUUUGAGAAAAUGCAAAAAACACCUGAAGCGAAAGGAUUUGUGGAGAACAGCUUCUAUUCUGGUCUAACACCGACUGAGUUCUUCUUCCACAGCAUGGGUGGUCGCGAAGGACUAGUUGAUACCGCUGUGAAAACUGCAGAAACCGGUUACAUGCAGCGUCGUUUGGUGAAAUGUCUGGAGGAUCUUUGUGCAAGUUACGACGGCACUGUGCGAUCUUCUAGUGGAGAGAUUAUCCAAUUUGUUUUUGGCGAUGAUGGGCUAGAUCCAGCGUUAAUGGAGGCAAAGAAUGGCUCAGUAAUAGACUUUGCACAUCAGUUGGAGCAUAUUCGCAAUAUUCUUUCUUUUAAUUUUAAUGGUGGAGAAGAAUUGGACGAAUCUGACAUGGAGGUGUGGUUUCAGUUGCUAGAUAAGGAAUCUUUGUCAAAAGCAAUUAUCGAUAAUGAAAUUGGUACCUCUCAUCCGUUGUUCCGCUCUCAGCUGGAGACUUUUGUCAAGAAUGUUAUCAGCAAAACUUCAGCAACUUACAAGAUUCCACGUUUUUGCAAGAGCCAUCCUAAUGGGAUUCCUCCUAAUCGAAAAGGUUUAUGUGCGCAAUGUCUUAGUCAGCAGAAGUAUCGAAGCUCACAAGUACAAUCGUUCUGUGUUUCACAUUCACAGUUUGUGACAUUUCUUGAAACCUGCUGCAACAAGAUAAAAAAGGCCGUCGUUGAUCCUGGAACAGCAGUGGGGGCCGUAGCAGCGACUAGCAUCGGUGAACCAUCCACCCAAAUGACGUUGAAGACAUUCCAUUUCGCUGGUGUUGCUUCCAUGAAUAUUACGCAGGGAGUUCCACGUAUUAAGGAAAUAAUUAAUGCUGUUCAGUCUAUCUCAACACCAAUUAUUACGGCGAAAUUGACGGACGGGCAUAGUGAGAAGCUAGCUCGCCAGGUGAAAGCACGCAUAGAUGUAACACUGCUAGGUGAGAUAUGUGAAUACAUUGAGGAGAUCAUUUUGCCCGAUGAUGUUUUUUUGCUUUUGAAAUUGAGCACAAGACGAAUUAGGCUUCUUCACUUGGAGGUUACCAUGUCCUCUAUUGUGCAAAGUAUUCUUUCGAUGAAACAUUAUACUACUUUCAAGCCAUCGCAGAUUACAACAGUCGGUAAGUCAAUGAUGGUGAUACGUCCACCGGCUGGUUCGAAAUUCAGUAAAUCCGUCACACUACAAAUUAUGAAACAGGCUCUGCAAAAGGUAGUUGUUAAAGAUUGCAGAAAAUCCAACCUAGGUCUGCCCAAUGUCAAACGCUGCGUGAUUAAUGCUGACGAGAAGAGUGGAGAUGAAUUCAGUAUUGUUGUUGAAGGCAGUGAUUUUCGUGGUGUACUAUCUCAGCCAGGCAUUGACGGUCGUUUUACAAAUUUCAAUAAUGCCAUCGUUGUAUCACAGGUUCUUGGUAUUGAAGCUGCUAGAUCGUCCAUUAUCAAUGAAAUCAUAGCCACUAUGGAGGCUCAUGGUAUCAUGCUUGACAGAAGGCAUGUUAUGUUGUUAGCUGACGUCAUGACAUAUCGGGGCGAAGUGCUAGGAAUUACACGCAAUGGUUUAGUAAAGAUGAAGGAGUCCGUCUUACUUCUGGCUUCGUUCGAAAAAACUAUGGAUCAUCUUUUUGAGGCCGCAUUUUAUUCUCAAACAGAUCCAGUAUAUGGUGUUUCUGAGAGUAUCAUUCUCGGCACCCCGUUGUCGAUUGGGACUGGUCUGUUCAAACUACACCAAAAACUAGCACGGCCUGUUGAUCUCCCUCUAAGGGCGCCAAUUUUUAUGAAAGAAAAAUUUGGCUUGGAAGUAUAG